CGGCGAUCUCCCGUUGUCGCUGCUACAUAACAAAGACUGACGCACCCUUUUACGCUUGAGAGAUCGCCAAGCAAAGAAAUGAUAGACAUGAUAGAUUCUGGAACAAGUCGAAGAUCAGUCAGCAUGUCAGGGGCUUCAGCUAAUGGGCCACUUGGCCAUGUCCCUGGCUUGUCACUCGGCACGUCGACACCUGUCCCUGUUGUAGCCAUCAUCGGAGACAAAGGCUCUGGGAAGACAUCUUUGUUUGAAGCUCUUUCUGGCUUAUCUCUCCAUGGCUCCAGACUCUCGUCAACAAAAUUCCCCAUUCAUGCCUACUUUACGCACACAAGCCGGGCAGGGACAACGUUAAAGUCACGUAUAAAACCAGGGAAAGUUGAUGGGCAGAAUAAGGAACUUUCAGAACACUUGCAGAGUUUCGAGGUAAAUUAUGAGGGAGACCUUGCAGCUGUUAAUCUUCCUCAUAUUGUCCGCCAGGCAACGAAUCACAUGCAAGUCGCAACGGCGUUCUCUGACGAAAAGGAACAAGAAGAGCAACAAGUAUCCGACAAUGUCCUUGUCAUUGAGAUUGCAGGCCCAGACCUUUUCAGCAUGGAAAUCGUCGAUACCCCUGGGCUCUCAUCUAGCCCGACGGUUGAUGACGCACAAGAACUCACAAGAGCUCUCAUCUUGGAUCUUGUCAAGCAGCCCAACACCAUUAUCCUAGCUGUGGUUGACGCAACGAAUGAUAUGAGCAGUCAGGAGGGCCCGUGGCUUGCGCGAGCAGCUGACGUGACAGGAAAUCGGACCGUCGCAGUCGUAACCAAGUGCGAUCUUGUACCCCUAGAAGAGAGAAGAUUUGACACUGAUCAAUCUAGGGUCCUGAGAGCUAUGCGUAACAAGGAACGUCAUCUUGGUCAUCCCUGGUUCGCUACCAGAAGUCUCUCAUGCAAUGAACGCGAUCAAGACUGUACCCUCGAGACGCGGAAUUCCAUUGAGGGCUCAUUAUUUUCAGAAAAAGAAUGGGCUGUUCUAAAGCGCAGGCGGCGUGUGGGGGCUUUAGCUCUAAGGGACCACCUCAAGACUAGGGUGAACGUCAUGCUUCGGGGCAGUAUAGACCUGCUGACGACGUUACUCAACACUCCAGCGCAUUCGGUUGCACCGAUACACACCGCCAACACAGACAAAGUACAGCCAACCGAUGUCUACGCAACGUCACAAGAGACUGUGGUGGCAGAUGCGGAUCUGGAAUUCGCUUCCGAUGCGCCGCGGCCCACGCCGCUGCUCAACGCCGUCAUCGUCGCGUUGACUGUUGCCAUAUGUCUCUGUCUGAUAGCGCUUGGCUGUAGCACAAUGGCAAUGGAGAUUGCGAGUGAAGGAGGUUGGACUCGUUUGUUUCUUCUGAUAACGGCUGUUCCCCAGAUUAUCUUGAGCUUGUUCUUCUGCCAAGCUAUCGUCGUGACCACCUUCCAGAUGAUUGGCCCUGUCACGCAACUAAAAGUCAACUCCAAGUUUUACUCCGCAAAGCGAACGAGGCGCCUUGAUGGAACGAAAGUACUAUUGCCUCACGUCACCAUCCAAUGUCCAGUGUACAAAGAAGGCCUUGAGGGUGUAAUUCGGCCAACGGUACGGUCCCUCUCCGCCGCCAUCAGGAAUUAUGAAUCUUUCGGUGGCACAGCAAGUAUCUUCAUCAACGACGACGGGAUGCAGCUGGUGUCCCCAGAAGAGGCCGAUGAACGACGCAUGUUCUACAAGGAGAACAAUAUUGGCUGGGUCGCCCGGCCAGCGCAUAAUGCCAACGGCGAAGGGAUAAGUAAAUUCAUACGCCGCGGCAAGUUCAAGAAAGCAUCGAACAUGAAUUAUGCACUCGGCAUUAGUCUCAAAGUAGAGGACAAGCUGGUCCAGAUCGUCCGCGAUGAGCACUGGACACAGGCAGACGAGAGUGCAGCGUAUCAGCGAUGCUUGGAUGAAGUUCUGUCUGAAGAGCUAGGCCGCGCUUGGAUAGGUGGUGACAUCCGAGUCGGCGACUACCUACUCCUCGUCGACUCCGACACCCGCGUCCCAACAGACUGUCUAAUCGACGCCGUCAGCGAGCUCGAAGCCUCACCCAGAGUAGCCAUCCUGCAGUUCACAUCUGGCGUCAUGAACGUCACAACAAGCUACUUCGAAAGCGGCAUCACUUUCUUCACCAACCUCAUCUACACAGCAAUAGCCUACGCAGUUGCCAACGGUGAUGUCUCCCCGUUCGUCGGUCAUAAUGCCUUCAUUCGCUGGUCUGCGCUACAAGAGGUCGGCUCCCAGGACGAUGGCAUUAUAUGCAACGAGAAGGACCCAAACGCAACAACACCGUACGAGAAGUUCUGGUCCGAGUCUCACGUGUCGGAAGACUUUGAUGUUUCACUCCGGCUGCAAACUCUGGGGUAUCAUAUUCGCCUGGCGACUUAUUGCGGUGAUGGCUUCAAAGAAGGCGUUUCACUCACUGUGUACGACGAGUUGGCCCGGUGGCAAAAGUAUGCGUAUGGCUGUAGCGAGCUCCUCUUCUAUCCCAUGAAAGACUGGUGGAGAUAUGGUAUCUUCACUCCGCUAUUCAAACGCUUUAUUAUGUCGAAUAUGCCACUAGGGUCUAAGAUUACGAUUAUGUCCUACAUCGGCACAUAUUACGCCAUCGGUUAUUCAUGGAUUGGUUCGCUGCUAAACUACUUCCUCAUUGGAUGGCUCAACGGAGAGCUUGACCACUACUACAUGAGCAGCUGGCGUGUCUGGGUUGCUCUUGUCGUUGUCUUCUCUAUAGCGGGCAACAUCACGCUCGCUCUGAUACGAUACCGCUCUCAGCAGGUCAGCUUGCUGAGGGAGCUCUGGACAUGCUUCAAAUGGGUAGCUCUCAUGUUUGUUUUUCUGGGCGGCAUAUCGAUGCAUGUCUGCAAGGCGAUUCUCUGUCACAUGCUGUCUAUUGACAUUGGCUGGGGCGCUACAUCGAAAGAGUAUUAUUAUCGCGGGCUUCAAGUAUGUAUUCAUCUUUUGCCUGGCAGUGACAGCGCUGAUGAUCUGUGGCGUCUAUGCCUUUCCUUAUUUAUGGAGGAUCAAUGA